GUGCCCACCUUGGACGCCUUGUCACUCGUCAGGUGCCACCUUCUCGCCCGGCAUCCACUACAUCGGCGAGCGGACUGUUACCGAUGACGACACCUGGCUGACCGCCAAAAUGAUUGCCAUUGCCGGCGACCCCGAGUACCCCAUCUCGUGGCACAAGAUGGGCUACGAGAACGAAGACACGCAUGAGAGAGACGGCACCGGCAAGGGCGCAUACGAUGUCAUCAAGAUUGCUGACCAACCGCUGGUCAGGUGAGAGAGAGGGCGGGAGGGGACCGGAGAGAGGCUAAUGAGAUGAACACACACAGGGAGGCUCAUUGCUGCCGUCUGUGUAUGUGGGCGGUAGGUUGCGUGCUGGCACUGAUGAGUACGAGAAGGAGUUGUGUCGCCAUUUCCCUGGCAAGGAGCGGGCCGUGUCGGAGUGGAUCAAGACGGUUAAGGAGGCUGCGGCAGAGACAAUGGUGUUCUUAGUCUCCCGCGCAUGGACACCAACGGUGCAGCGGAUCUGGCGCGCUCUGCUGGGCCGCAACGGCUUCAAGUGGGCCGGCAAGACAACACACGAGGUGAGCACACAUCCAUCCAUCCAUCCACGCCCGCAUUGUGUGUCUUGUGUAAAGGUCAUCGCCAGUCUUGGUUUCUCUGCGCGCGAAGAGCAGAUCCUCUGCGGCCAACACGGCACCACGGGCGAGGCGCCUCGCGACUUGUGCUUCCUCCUCCACGCGUGGGUCGUACACCAUUUCAUCAAUGGAGGCUACUUCCCUGUCGGCGGCCCGAUGUCGAUCGUCAAGACACUCUCGUCGACCAUCCACAAGGCAGGCGGUCGGGUGUUCGUGAGGGCGCAUGUCGAGAGGAUCCCCGUGGAGAACGGUGACUUGAGCAGGGAUGAGAUGAGAUGCGUGCCACGAGGCAGCCGUGCUGAGGAAUUGGUGGUGCCGUGUGUGUAUGCAGGCGAGGCUGUUGGUGUUGUUCUCGCCAACGGUGACACAAUCAAGAGCCGCAUGGGCGUGAUAUCAGCUGCAGGGCUGUCAGCGACACUGGUGAUGCUGCCAUACGCCACAUACACGGCAUCCCUGCUCAUGGUCUCCUUUUUCGCUUGCUUCGCAGCAUCACCUGCUGUCGCCUGCUGACGUGGAGCGCUAUAUGGCGGCUGAGAUGAAGUUCCUCCGCCAGGUCGGCGGGGGGGUGUCGUGUGUGUGUGGGUUUGUUGGCAUUAAUGGCACCGCCGAGGAGCUCAAACUGCCCUCCAGCAACUUGUGGGGGUUCCCUGAGGAGGCAACUGAGGUCAGCUAGGCGCAGAAGACGCUAACGUGUUCUCAUGGUGUGUCGUGUCUGUUAAUAUCAAUCAGGGUCAUGACAUGGACGAGAUCAUCAUGAAGUACCGCAACAACCUGCUAGACUUCUCAGUCGAAGACGGCUUUUGCUUCAUUUGUGCGCGCGAUGCACCUAAUCCCAUGUGCUUCAAUUGACGCAAAUGGCCUCUCUCUUGUUUGGUUGGCUGGCUUGUGCAGCCUUCCUGUCUGCGCGUGACCCUGCCUACACGCAUCUGCACCCCGACACCACUUCCUGCUUCAUCGCGGCGGAGGCAGCACCAGAGGCAUACGAGCAGCUCAAUGAAGGUGGGUCACUGUCAGGGGAUGGAUCGGCAGGGACUGCGAUCUGAUUGGCCGUCUCUGCCUCCUGUGUGUGGUUUGACAGCGCUGGGAGGGGCUCACACGGAGAGGCGCACCAAGGCCUACAAAAAUACCAAGAAGCAGCUGGAGACCAAACUCAAAAACCUGCUGCUCAAACACUUCCCGCAGCUGGAAGGUCGGCCAUAGAUAUACCUGAGGGUCCCUGCAGGUGUCUAAGGUGCGCCUGUGUAUCUUGUGUGCUUGCAGGUCGAAUCACGAGUUUCGACGUCUCCACUCCAUUGUCGAUGUACCACUACCUCAAGAGAUUCGCAAGCUACGGCCUCCGCCAGACUCCCGAGCGCUUCACCCACACCCUGCCUCGCGUCGGCACGGCCAUCCGCAAAUUCUACCUGACAGGCGAAGACCUGGUAUCGGGCGGAUUCAUAGGUGAGCAGAUCCCCCAUAAAUGCAGCCGGCAUGACCAAUGGGCGUGUGUGCGUUUCAGCCGCUGUGGCGUCUGCGAUGGUGACGGCGACUCACGUGCUGGGCUACACGCCGCUGGACAUUCUGACCGGCCAUCAUCUGCUGAAUGACCUCCCCAAUGUGCCCCAGCCACCCACACUCGAACAGCUGACUCAGGCAGCCAAGACAGAGGCGAUGUGA